GAAAAUGACAUUUGAAAAAGAUAUUGGCAAGCUAAGUUUCCACUUAAAGAAAGGGGUACAAGUUAAUGAACUGAUGACAAUGUUGAAAGAAGGUGAGUUCAAGACACUUAAACAGGAGACUCAUCAGGCUCAGCUCUUAGAAGUUGCAAACAGAAUGGAAAGAGCUACAGUGACAAAAGUCCUUGUACAGGAAGCUUCUGACAGAUGUGAUCGGAAUAUUGGUCUAAAAUCUGUGAUGCGUACAUUAGAAACCGGACAGGAAUCUAUGGAGCAAAUAAUCAUGGAUGUUUCAAAAGAAUUUGGGCCAUCAUCUGAGCCUGUAAAGGAGAUUGCUGCUGUUGGACAUCUUCUACAGGAAGGUGUAAAAUGUGAUGAGGUUGUCACAUUAGUUGAAGCAGGUCUCCUACCAAGUCUGAAAAAGCCACAGUCACAGAUGCCUCUUGUCUCAAUGGUGGCUGAAAAGGGUCACGUAGGAAGUGUGUGUGAGGUUCUUGUAGAAGAGUCAACAAAGGAAAUGAAGAAGCCCAAGCCCAAGUUUGAGGCUGCACGUAUGUCAGAAGUUAAGGAAAUGUUGAAGAAAGCAAAGGCUGACUCUGUGGAUGUGAAGACCUUCACCCCGGAGAUGGUUCCUGGUGUUCAAGCUUAUAUUCGUAUGGCUCAAGAGGAGAAGGUUAACAUUGAAGAAGUCGUUCAGAAGACAGCAUUAGAACCAAAGCUAAAAGAAGAAGUUGCCAAGAUUGGCAUGAUGGUAAAACAUGGUGUGAUGGCCCAAGAUGUUAUCACUCUAAUGGAAGCUGGUGAAUUCCCACAGCUUAUGAAAUUAGAAGCACAAGCUCAACUCCUGAAUGUUGUGGAGGAGUUUGGAUUCAAGGCAUUAGUAAAUGAAGUUUUAGUUGAGCAGGUUCAACAAGCAGUCCAGAAGACUGAGAAAUCUAUUGGAGUAAAGUCAUUUAUGCGCAUGAUGAAAGAAGCUAAUGUCAAUGUUGAAGAAAUUAUUACAGAGCAAUUUGCCAAGAGUUUGCUCCUGAAGUCAGAGAACCUGUGACACAGGAGAUGGCAAAGGUCAGUGUGAUGCUCAAGGAGGGUGUCCAGGCUGAGGAAAUUAUGUCUAUGGUUGAAACUGGACAGCUGCCAGCCUUAAGAAAACCUGAGACCCAAAUCCCUCUCA